AUCAAGCCACAACCCAAGAACUGCAACCUCUCAGGGUAAUGACACCUCCGCUGUGACCUCUCAACCCUUCCCUGCACCCUCCGCAUUCUUCCCCAUCUUUUCUCGCUCUUCCUCUGCUUUCUCUUCUCCAUAAAACCACCAUUUUUUUAACAAAUACCAUUCAUUUUCAUGGAAGAAAGCAAACCCAGUAGCCCUCCCUCCUCUCCUUCUUCUCCAUCGUCUCUAAAACAUAAGCUAAAACUCAAACACCCAUUUUCCUUACUCUCUCCCUUUCGCAAAAUCAAUCAUAAUCAUGAAUCUUUACCUCCUUCCCCUGACGCUGACAAAUCUUCCAAACUCCUUCGAACCUCCUCCUCCACUUCCACCUGGAUUAAGUCUCGUGCCCACGACAUUUUGCGUAUCGGCCGACAUGCACACCCCAAUAAUGGGCAUGCACAUGGGCGUGGCCGCCGCAGGCGUCACUCUCUCUCUGCAGAUUUUCACUAUGAUGCUAUGAGCUACGCCUUGAAUUUUGAUGAAGGCCACGAUGAAAGUCCCGAAAAUUACUUUCCGUUGAGAAGUUUCUCGUCGAGAUUGCCUCAGUCGCCGAAGAGGGAGAUUGAGUGUACGUAGUUAGGUGUUUCUUUUCUUUUUCUUGUCUUCUGGGUUUGCCAUGAUUAUGUUUGGUUAUUUCCAUGAAUGUAUACAUACAUGCAUUUCUACUAUUGUAUUCCACUUUUGAGAAAAUAUUAAAGAAAUUUCAUUAAAACACCCCUAUGGGUACAAUU